AUGGCGUCCCGAACCACAUCCAGCACCAUGACCGAAGUCAUUCUACAAAGGGUGCGAACAAAAUACCACUGGCAACCCCUCCCAUUAAACUUCUGGAUCCUGAUCAUGUUGAUUGGAUCUUCGACGAUACUAGGGAUAUUCUCGUACUUUGUUACGGUGCAGAAUCAAUUACUUGUUGGAAUACCAUGGUACCUACCCUUUUCCCACCCCCUCCACAUACCAUAUCCCAUAUCCCCCCUUCACUCUCCCCUCAUCCCUCCUCCCCCUCUGACUCUAAAACAGGUACUUUCCCUACUGGAUCACCGUCUCCGCCCUCUCGGUCCUUUUCAUCCUCCUCAUGCUCUACCUCAUCUCCCAACGACAACUCCUGCCCGGCAUCGUCAUCAUGGGCUCCUUCAUCCUCUUCGUUUUAUGGCUCGUGGGAUUAAUCGUGAUUAGUAUACAACUUUGGGGCCCUGUGGGUAGCGUGAAUGGGAAUUGUGAGUUGUAUGUUGAGAGUGCCAAGGGGAGUAGUCGGGGUGCGAAUGAGAAUGCGUUGGCGUGGUUGGAGCAGAGUAGUAUUUGUAAGUUUUUCCAUCUACCUAUUUAUCUUCUUCAUUUUCUCCUUUGCUUUGUUUGUUGGGGGCACUGGGGGUCAGACUAGUGAUUAAGGAAGGGCUUUGGGUGUUAGGAUAUUCAUGCUCAUUCGUUUCGGUCUUACAGGUCAGAGUUGGAAAGCAGCUUGGGCGUUCCAGCUUGUGGGGUGUAUUUUCCUACUCUGGAUGAUGAUCAUGGCUUAUCAGGUCUAUCGGGAAGAUUAAUCUUUUAUCUUUGCACUUUUUUCCUCUUUUUCCUUUCUACUUUUUGGUUUUUUUUAUCUUGGCAGAUUUCUUGAUUUCAACUUUUAUUUGUAUUUUUUACUUGUGAAGGGUGGUAUGGAAUGGGAUGGGAUGGGAUGGGCAUACGCAUACUCAUACGCAUACGCAUACUCAUAGUUAUGAUGUAUAUGAAGGACAUGAUGGUAUCUUGAUGCGUAGGGAUGAUAUGGCAUGGGAUGGAUGGGGAUUAGAAUGUAUAUACAUGUCGUGAUUUUUGAGAGGUUGGCUAGGUUGGUAGGUUGGUAGGUAGGUAGAAAUGGAGAUGAGAUGAGAUGAGAUGGUAUGGUAUUAUAAGAUAAUCUAUCCGUUUCUUAGAUCUGGAUCUUGGGUUUUGGAUUUUGGGAGAAAGAGAG